AACUAGUUUCAAGCAUUACUGAGGCAAUCACUGGCGACAAUUUAUGUAUAGUAAACUCUGUCAGAUGUACAGUCGCCAUCUUUCUCAUUCAAUCUAUUCGUAGGCAAUACUGACUCACGUACACAAAAACCAACACAACAAAAUAAGACACUAACAACAAACGACAGCAGCUGUCAAGUCAACAAUGUACAGUGUACAACUGAAACACGUAUCUAACGCACACUAUGAACCAACCAUACUACCGUCGCCUGUCUUUUUCAUUGUGCCUGUCACAUUAAGCGCACAGUAUAUUUUUUCACUGAUAACUAACGUAGUCUCUUCGACGCGUAAAUAAUAAACAAAUAACAAAAAAAACCCAGUCACGUUUUUUUUUCUAACAACAAAGCCCUUGCUUGCGAUUUUUUUAUACAAAUGGGACAAACUGCCGGAACACCAUCGAAUUCGGAAUCAAUAAUCGAAGACACUGUCGAUACGAUUCAUUACGAAAUUCGCAAACAUGCACAAAGUUUAAAAGAAAUCAAUUCGCUCACCUAUGAAGAAUUUAAUAAAUGCUUAAGUAACCUUAAUGACUUGUCUCGCAAAUGCUUGGACACCAAUGGCAAAGUGACAAUCUUCGCUGUGAAAAAGGGUAGCGAUCAAUCAUUUCUUUGGAAAGCCACCGUUCGUAUUGCAUGUGUUAAAUGUGAUCCAGAAACCAAUCGCAUCGAAAAUUACAAGCUCAUCAAUUUAAAAGAGUUUUUGAAAGUAUUCAACACAUUUCAACGGCAUCUUGAUGCAAUGAAAAAUUGUGAAGAGCAACACGACAAGGCACGUCGUCUCCCGAAUUUUCUGGCCAAUAUGACUGAAUUGACCCCUGACGAAGAAUCUAGUUUUGAAUGUUGCAUUUGCUUAGAUCGAAAGACCGAUCUUAUUCUGCCGUGUGAGCAUGUGUUUUGUUCGACAUGCAUUGAACGAUGGAAUGAAAAUCAUGACAAAUGUCCCCUUUGUCAAACGAAAUUAACCGGCAUGAAUGAUAGCUGGGUUUUAUCCGAAUUGCCGAAGACGAAUGAAGUGAAUGAAGAAAUUCUCACCGAAUUGAAUGCACUUACAAAUGGCACCAAUGAAUCCGAUGCUCAUCCAAUUGAUGACGAUGAUGAUAGUGAUGAUUAAAUCCGACCGUUUACACCCACUCCAAAAUGUUGACUUAACUCGAAUCAAUACUAAUCCAGUGUUUUAUCUAUGGAUGUAAUAAAAUUCAAUCAGCAAUGGCGUAAUCACUCUACUAACCUGAUACCGAAUUCUCCUUUCGCUUUUGUGUUACAUGUUUAGCAAAUUUUACAUCAGUACAUCAGUAUAAUAUAUUUUGAGUAUAUUUUUGUUUAAGUUUCAUUCCUUCCGUCUUUUAUGUGAUUACAUGUUUUAAAACAUAUGAUAUCCCU